GUUCCCUCCAACUCCCUCUUCAGCUUCAACCCCGAGUCCAAUCAAAACGCCACCUUCGCAACCAUGACUCUCCCUCUCCGCUCGCCCUCGCCAGCGUUCUCCACCUCCUCCGUGGAUCCGCUGGCCCUGGACGACUCCGACCAGUCAGACAUCCUCCUCGCGCCCUCCGCGUCGCGUCCGGGCUCGCCGAGCGCCAGCACCGACUUUGGCGGCGACGCGGGUUCCUCCGUUGCCGGCGGCGCUGGGGUUGGUGCACCAGGAGAGGGGGGCGGGGAGCCGGAGUCAGUGGCGUGCCAGUGGGACGACUGCGGGCAGAUGUUCACGCAGCUGCCUGCGCUCAUUGAGCAUAUUCAUAACGAUCACAUCGGCGUGCACAAGUCCAACUACACAUGUGAAUGGGCAACGUGCGCGCGCAAGGGCAUCGCGCAGACGUCGCGCUUUGCGCUCAUCUCGCACAUCCGCUCGCACACUGGAGAAAAGCCGUUCACUUGUACGCGGCCAGAAUGCGACAAGUCGUUCACCCGCUCGGAUGCGCUCGCGAAGCACAUGCGGCUGCAGCACAACAUUAUGCCUACCACGACGGGCCGCGGCGGGAACCGGAAGCGCAAGCGCCCGGCGUCAGACGAUCCCAAUACCCCUGCUGGCGGCGAACCAUCGUCUUCGGCCGCCGCAGGAGCAGGAGCAGGAGGGGCAGCAGCAGCGGGCAGCGUAGCAGCGGGAGCGGGCGGUGCAGCCGGCGCGGGAGGGGGCACUGCUGCGGGGGGCUUCACGACGUUCAAAGUCGAGCCGCAGACACCAGGCGCCGAGGGCGACGAUCUCCACGCUGGUGGCGACUACUUCAGUCGCCCUGGCGGUAGCCCUUCCGGCGGCGCUGACCACCCGGGGUCCCCUGGGCUGGGCGACGGGCUGGGCCUGGGCGAGGGUCCGCCCUCGCCGGCGGAGUUCGACGCGGCGACGGCGCUGCCGCCGCACCUGCUCGCGAAGAUGUCGCCGCGGACGGGUCUGAUCGACGGGCGGACGCCGGCGCAGGUGGCGUAUGUUAUUGCCAAGGCCAAGUACCGCUUUGCGCUGGAGCAGCAUGCGGAUCUGCUGGAGCAGCUGCGGACGGUCCGGCGCGAGGCGGGGCGGGUGAGGGGCGAGAAGGAGCAGGCGCUGAGUGCGGUGCUGGAGAGUGCUUUUGGGCCGCAAGCGGAGAGCGUGUUGGCGGGCGGCGAGGCCGAUCCUGCGUAUGGUGCGGAAGGGAGGGGCGGCUAUUCGCGCUCCUCGCAUGUGCAUUCGCAUCAGGUUUCGCAUCUGGGCUCGGGGUCGAGGCAUCAUCGCCAGCCGCAGCAUCAUCCGUACCAGCAGCAGUCGUCGUCGUCGUCGUCGUCGCGGCGGCAUCACCAUCACCCAGCAAGCAAUCCGUAUCCGCACCAUGCGGAUCCGCAGGCGCACCAGUAUUAUGCCUAUCCUGAUGAGCGCGGGUAUCCGCCUCAAGUUGCUGCGGCUGCUUCGUAUGGGUCUCAGAUACGGGGAUGAUGGGUGGUGUUCUUGACUGUAAAUUAUAUUUGGGUUCGUUGUGAAAUUACUCUUUUGCGCUUGCAAAGACAUGGACAUGUUGUGCAGUGUUAUGAAUGACGAUUCGC